AGUAUUGGUGUUGUUUCUUAUUUCAUAUCAGUUUGAGAAUUGACUUACUUGUUAAGGCUUGUCGCGACAAGUGUCAUCAUGAUCUUAAUUUUUGGAUCGUGACAUUAAAAAAUGCAUAUAUAGUCUACUCGAGGAAGGUUCAACAUCUACUAUCUAUACACAAAAAAUAACUUUAACCCUAUAUAAAUUGUGUAAUUUUUUGCCGAAGCACUAGCUCCGCCCCAAUACUAUCAAAACAUUGAAGGGUCAUCUGGUAGGAGAAAUAAGGAAUUCCAAAAUUAAUUUUAAGAUAAACUAUCCCAUAUUUAAUUGAAAUAAAAUUUAUGAGAUAACUCAUUAUUUCAAGAUUGUAAUAUUAAUUUUAAUUCUUUCAUAAAAGUGAAAUAACUAAUUUUGGAAUAAGUAAUGUCGAAAUUAGCAAUGCCAACUUAACUUAUUUCCCAAUCAAACGGCCAUCCACGGGCACUAAAAACUGGAUGACGUGGUAAUCUACUAUUUGGUGAACCGACGUUGAAGGGAGAAAAAGAGAGAGAGAGAGGAAGCAGUAAUACAACCUAAGCGAGUUGAGAUUACUCUGGAAUUUGCAAGAGCUCCCAACAAACCAUGGCUUACGUCGAGAGAGGUGUGGUAAAAUCCAAGCGUUCUAUAUGGCGAUUGAAGACUAUCACUGAUUUUUGUUGGUCCAUCAUCAACUUCAUCAGCGUGUUUUUUGUUACUAUGUUUUCGAUGGAAAAAACAGAUGCAUAUAGAAAAGGUUCAGGAUCCAGCAAGAAGUGGGAUGGAGGUGGUCCAGGAAGUGGUCCAUAUGGUGGUGGUCCGCGUGGGCCGCCCCGUGGGUUGGAUAAUGUUCGAGGCAUUGAUCACAGUUCUCUUCCUGCCUGUGGUUCUUGCUGCGGAUAAAUGCUGCCUAUGUCACUUUUGAGAAUCUAUAAUUUGGCUCUUAUUCCAUAAAACAUAUACUGAAUUGCAUGUAGAUUUCUGCACUUAUGCUUUUAUUCAAAACUUGAAAGUGUGUGAGUUCAUGUGUCCCUUUCAUCCUGAAGCUUGAAUAAAACUCAAAUUAGUUUUUUCUUUUGUA